CAUUAGUUAUUCUGAGACAGAGAGAGAGAGAGGGUGAAAUGAGUAUAAUGAAAAAUUUCUUGAAUGUGAUACUUUUACUUUGUGUAUGUCUCAGUUGGUGUUUUACCGAAGGAGCUGAGAAAAAAGAUGAUUCGUACACCUUUCAAGUCAGCUCUCUAUUUCCUUCAUCAUCAUCUUGUGUUCUUUCUUCAAAAGCAUCUAAUAGCAAGUCGUCAGUUCGUGUGGUACACAUGCACGGCGCGUGCUCGCAUCUUAGGACCAACAAAGAUGCGAGACUCGACCAUGAAGAAAUCCUCAGACGCGAUCAAGCACGCGUGGAGUCCAUCCGCUCCAAAUUGUCCAAGAAUAUCGCAGAUGGAUCAGUCAGCAUGACCAAGUCAACCGAGCUACCGGCUAAAGACGGAAGCAUACUCGGUUCAGCCAACUACAUUAUAACAGUAGGAAUCGGGACACCGAAGCACGAUUUAUCGCUGGUCUUCGACACCGGAAGCGAUUUGACAUGGACUCAAUGUCAGCCAUGUCUUAAAAGCUGCUAUUCGCAAACGGAACCAAUCUUUAAUGCUUCUUCAUCAUCUUCUUACCACAACGUCCCGUGCUCAUCUCAAAUGUGUGAAAACGCUGCAAGUUGUUCGGAUUCCAAGUGCCUAUACGAAGUCCUUUACGGCGAUAAUUCGUUUACACAAGGAUUCCUCGCCAAGGAAAGAUUUACCCUAGCCAAUGAUGUCUUGGACGAUGUUUACUUUGGUUGCGGUGAGAACAACCAAGGGCUUUUCAACGGUGCUGCUGGGAUCCUUGGCCUUGGCCGUGACAAACUCUCGAUUCCGUCGCAGACAGCUACGACCUACAACAAUAUUUUCUCCUACUGCCUCCCUUCUUCAGAAAGUAACACCGGCCAUCUCACCUUUGGAUCCGCUGGAAUCUCUAAUUCCGUUAAAUUCACCCCGGUUUCUUCCUUCCCAAGCCCAUCCAGUUAUGGCAUAGACAUCGUAGGUAUCAGCGUAGGCGACAAUGAACUAGAGAUUACUCCAACCUCAUUCUCGAGGGACGGUGCUAUAAUAGAUUCCGGUACCGUGAUUACUCGCCUCCCUACCAAGGUCUACGCGGAACUUCGGAGCGUGUUCAAGGAAAAAAUGUCUAGUUACAAGUCUACGCCGGGACGCUCGAUUUUGGACACAUGUUACGAUUUCACGGGAUUGGAUACGGUGACACUCCCUACGAUUGCAUUCUCCAUGGGCGGUGGCACUGUCGUAGAACUUGAUGGAAUGGGGAUUUUGUAUCCGUUGACGCAGUCACAGGUUUGUUUGGCGUUUGCAGGGGAAGAUGACAUUCCCGCCAUCUUUGGAAAUGUUCAGCAGAAGACGAUGGAGAUUGUGUACGACGUGGCUGGUGGACGAGUCGGGUUUGCUCCUAAUGGUUGUAGCUAAUGAUGAUGAAACAAGAGAGAGAGAGAGUGAGUGUUAUAUUGUAAUGUAAGGAUUUGGCACAUAAAUUAGCUUGAUUCCAUUACUAAGAAAUAAAUAAAUUUUCAACUUUUUUUUUA